AUGGGCUACUGUGAUGAAUGGUCUGAAGACCCGAUUAAGUGCAACAAUGAAAGUUUCCGUAAGCCAAUGCCAUGGAUUGGCAUCUACAUAGCAGCAGCUUCUGCUAUCUGCUCAUUCGCAAUGGCUGUUGAUGCGAUCCUAGGUCUCCGUAGCAGAAAGUUGUGGUUUCCUUGUAAGUUUUUCACUCUUAAUGCAGCGUCAUUGACGUUGUUGGCCAUUGCAGUCAAACUGCCAAUGGAUUUGAACAGUCCUAUGCCUGGUUCAUUCGACCAGUUCUCAAAGCUUAGCAGUGUCAUUUUCAUGGCUACAUCAAUGGCUAAUUUCAUGCCCUCUUUAGGGGUUAUGGGCAGCAAAGGUGUUCUCAUGAAUAUGACUGCUUUGGGUAUCCUUGUUAUCACCCUCCUCGUAAAUGUUUGUAUCCAACUAGGCACCGGCUUGAUCUUUUCGUUUACAUGUGAACAUGUUUUAGUCAUUUGUUUUACAUUUAUUUUGUUUUGGAUGAUGAGUUGCUCUGCUUUGGUGGUUCCAACUACCAAAAAGAUUCUUGAAAGAAAGUAUCAUGAAAUUAGUGAAAUGAUUUGUGCUGAGAGUGUGGAGGGUGGUGGGGUUGAAAUUGAAAUUUUGAAGGAAGAUGUGAGAAAAUAUUGGUUGAUGGCAGAGAGUAGUAACCCUCAAUUUGUGAUGGUGCGCUCCCCGACCUGCUUUGCAUCUUCUGCCAUUAGUUGUCUUAGUGCUAUUGUGCUAUGUGAAGCAUUCGUUCGAUCAUUUUUCUUUGAUAGAUUCUCUGGAAAUGUUAAUUUCUUUGAGGGAAAACGCUCUUCCUCCGAUUACCAAGCAACUACAUCUGUAAUUGUUUUCAUUCAAUCUGCCAGUGUAGUAUUAGGCACAUUGGCUCCACUGUUUAGAUGCUUCAUUGCAAUAAAAAUCAAGAUUUCAGGGGGCGGUCUCAGUGUUAUACCCGAGAAAUAUUGGACAGAGAGACAAAUGGAAUGGAUAGAGAGACCUUUACCUCUACAAAUAGGAGGAGGACCUUAUUUCAAAAAGGCAAUCAACAAAUCCAAAGACAUGGCAUUAUGUUUUUGCAUUAAGGUUCAGAUUGUGACUGUUGUUGCUUGCAAAAUAGUGCAGCUAUUUUGCCUUGCCUUCGUAAGGCCACUCCUGUCGUGCUUUCUUGAACACGAACUAAAUUGUAGUCAAGAUCGUGGUGUCGGUUGCUAUGUUUUGCAUCUUGAAGGUGAAGAUCAGCUACCUCAAGUCAUGGCAAAAAACAAUAAUGUUCUCUCCAGAUUCAUUCAGAAUGGUAUUAACCAGCAGCCACAACACUUGGUGAAGCUACUUUUGCAAAAAAUGACUGACAAUUUCUUUGGAGUGGCGAAAUUCAACAGCACCCAAGUUCAUUCUUUGAAUUCCCAAGAGCCACCUAAUUGUUGGAAACUGCCCAUUGUUACACUAACAAGCAUUGCCAUUGCACUUCCACACAGUAGUAGUUGUGUCAAAGAAGUAGAAAAUUUGGUUUGCAGUGUAAGUCAAGGCCUCAAGUAUGCCAGCAUUAUAGAUGAAGUCUUGGGCACUGGAGGGGCAUUAAAGAAAGUAAGGGAUGCAGCAGAUGUAGCAUGGUCAGAGGUUAGUUUGUCUGGUAGGUUCUUAAAUAAGGACAUAACGGAAAUGGCUCGCGAUAAAGCAAAUACUUCCAGGGAGAUUCUAGCAAAACUGUGUGAAAUUGCAAGAGAUUAUGUGAAAGAAAGUGGGAGUCUUGCCAAUGACUGCUCCCAUUGGCCUAACAAGGUUAUAGCAGCUAACUCAAUGUACAGAAUAACCCAAUCUCUGUUGCUACAACUAACAAGCUACAAUGAACUCAGCACUGAGGAAUUAUUUGGGCAUAUAUCUGUUAUGAUUGCUGAUAUAUUGGGUGCUUGCUUAACCAACCUUUCUAAGGCUAUCACAACAAAAUGCUCCACUGUCAGCAUUGACAAGAGGGGGGAAACUGCCCAACAUAUGGCUCUUGUCAUAGGCGAAACCGAAGAGAUUCUAAAGAUGCUUAAAAAACAUCAGCUUCCCAGUUUGGCUCCUAAGCAGAGGAUUGAUAUUGAUGAAUGGCGCCAGUUACUGGUGGGCAUGAGUCCUUUGGUUUCUAGUAGCUUGUUAAGAGGUCACAGAGCUUGUACUUCUUCUGUGGAGCUUCAAGUCUGA